AUGUCUUCCAAAGGAGGCUUCAACGUUACGACUGAUGUCAAGAGUCCAAUCGAGGUCGAUGAGGCAUCUGAUAGAAGUUCUAUCGAUUCCAGAAAUCCCUUCAAGGACCCGAAGGUCGCCGAAUACUAUCGUGACCUGUACGAAACCGCACAAUAUGAAUCUCGAGAAGCUUUUGAUCCGGACAUCGAAUGGACAGCUGCAGAGGAAAGGAGCCUUGUUCGUCGCUUGGACUGGCAUGUCUGCCUUUGGGCAUGUAUCAUGUUCUUCGCCCUGCAGCUCGAUCGAGGCAACAUCUCACAGGCUUUAUCUGACAACAUGCUUGACGACCUUGGCCUAAAUACUAACGAGUACAAUUAUGUAGGUCAAACGUUGUUCAAACUGUCAUUCAUGGCUGCUGAGGUUCCUUCACAAUUGAUCUCCAAGAAACUGGGUCCUGACAGAUGGAUUCCUCUGCAGAUGAUGCUUUGGUCUGCUGUCGCUGCCUCACAAGCUGCCCUCAGUGGCCGAUCAAGUUUCUAUCUCUGCCGCGUACUCAUUGGCGUUCUUGAAGGUGGUUUCAUCCCUGAUCUUGUUUUGUGGUUGUCAUACUUUUACACGAGCACUGAGCUACCUGUUCGUUUGAGCUUCUUCUGGACGGCGCUCAAUCUUACAACCAUCGUUGCGUCGCUUUUGGCGUUUGGCAUCUUCCAUCUUGACAAUGCACACGGUCUUGCUGGCUGGAGGUGGCUCUUCCUGAUAGAGGGACUCAUGACUUUUGCUAUUGGUGUGGCUUCUGUCUUCCUCAUGCCUGCUUCAGCUGUGCAGACCAAAACUUGGUUCCGUCCCAAGGGUUGGUUUACAGAUCGCGAGGUCAAGAUUGUGGUCAAUCGCGUCUUGAGGGAUGAUCCUUCCAAGGGUGACAUGCACAAUAGACAAGCGAUCACGCCCAAACGUCUAUGGCAGUCUCUUUCUGACUAUGACUUGUGGCCUAUCUAUGCACUCGGCUUGGUCGUUUUCAUCCCCCCUACUCCAGUCACCAACUUCCUAAGUCUGACUCUCAGAUACCUCGGCUUUAGCACAUUCAAUACUAAUCUCCUUACCAUUGUACCCAAUGCCGUCACCAUCAUUACCUUACUGAGUCUGACCUGGCUCAGUGAGAGGGUCAAAGAACGCUCGUUCAUCGCCGCAAUUCAGAAUUUGUGGAUGCUGCCAUGCUUGAUAGCUCUACGCUGGUGGCCGGGCUCAGGAACAGAUGUUUGGGGCACGUAUGCCUUGCUGGUCGUACUUCUCGGCUACCCAUACUGCCAUGCUAUCCUCGUUGCAUGGACAUCCCGCAACGCCGGCUCAGUUCGUACGCGCACGAUCUCUGCCGCUGUCUACAACAUGUCGGUUCAGGCUGGAGGAGUCAUUGGCUCGAACAUCUACAGGGCUGACGAUAAGCCUUUAUACCACCGCGGUAAUAUGCAGAUCGUGGCUAUCAAUUGCUUGGCCAUCGCACUCUAUGGCUUUGCAAAGGUUUACUAUGUUUUCAGGAACAAACAGAGAGAGAAGAAGUGGACUGCCAUGAGCCAGGAGCAGAGGGAUGACUACAUCCAGAACACGACUGACCAGGGAAACAAAAGGCUGGACUUCCGCUUUGCUCACUAA